GGUGUGUUUCAGUGUUAGUGGGCGGCGUCAACUGAAUAAUCAAACCGAAAAUAAAAAAAAAGGAAUAAAGGAGGAAAUAAAGGUGGUAACAGACUUCGUCCGUUUCUCCUGCAGCAGCUGCAGCAGGGAAUAUUGUCGUUUUUACCAAAAAUCUCGGACUUUGUAAUACUCUUUAAUUUGAAUUUAGUUGGGAAUUUGAAUUCGCACACUUUUAAAGCUUCGUCAUGUCCAAAACGUCAUCGCUGAAGAUCAGCAGCGCCGCUGCUCUAAAGGUGGAAAACUACCGUCAGUCCCUGUAUCAUGAGGCAGAGAAUCUGUUCUCCAGCUAUAUCCCACAGAAGAUCACACACCUGGACACCAUGCUCAAAGACGAUGCCUUCAGUAUAACAGACACAUCCUCACUGCGGGCUCCACUUGACAUCCCUAUUCCAGAUCCUCCUUCUCCAGAAGAUGAGGAAAUGGAAACGGAUGAUAAUGAAGAUGAGAAGAAGAAGAAGAAAAAAGCUCCAAAAUGUGGCUUCAUCAAAGGGAAUGAGAAAAUUAUGCUGCUUAUGGAACAAGUCAAACCUGAGAUUGUGGCUCUGAGAGAAACCAUCAUUAAUGUUUCCUGCUGGAUUCAGCUUCUUAUCCCCAAAAUAGAAGAUGGAAAUGACUUUGGAGUCGCCAUCCAGGAGAAAAUUUUGGAAAGAAUCACUGCAGUUAAAACCAAAGUUGAUGGUUUUCAGACCAACCUGAACAAGUACUUCUCAGAGAGAGGAGACGCAGUGGCUAAAGCUUCUAAAGAAACUCAUGUGAUGGAUUAUCGCUCAUUGGUCCACGACAAAGACGAUGCCAUCUAUAACGAGAUCAAAGUGAUAGUCCUCGACAUACGUGGCUUCUAUGCUGAGCUUUAUGACAUCAUCAGCAAGAACCUAGAUAAAGUGACCAAUCCCAAAGGAGAAGAGAAGCCUUCCAUGUACUGAGGAUUCAUAAAAUCAAUAAACAUAAAACGAAAGAAGUGCUAAAAAUGUUCAACCACUAUCUUUUAUCUUCUUUGCACUAAUGUUUAAGUGUUUUGGACAUCAAAAUGUAAUAAAAACACAAACAUAGACGG